AUGAGAAAAUUACUUAAUUAUGUUUUUAGGAAUUUUACUGGAGACACCAGGCUCAAUUCCAGCUUCACUGUUGAUGAUGACAACAUAACGUAUUCUGAAGACUACGAUGAAGCAGUUGCACAGUACAAUUUAACAAUUAUUAUAAGGGCAAUGUCCAUUAUGUGGUACAUUGUGACUCUAAUAUUGGGGAUCAUAGGAAAUGGUUUAGUCAUCUGGAUUGCCGGUUUCAAGAUGAAGACAGUCAGUGCCUUGUGGUUCCUAAACUUGGCUAUUGCUGACUUUGUCACAUGUGUUUCUCUACCCUUACGUAUUUCUGAGUGGGCUUUGUAUUGGAAAAUUCCUUUUGAUCACUUCCUAUGUAAGGCUGGUAUAACAAUUCUCUUCAUAAACAUGUUAACCAGUGUUUAUUUCAUGACCGUCAUCAGCAUUGAUCGAUGUGUUUCCGUUUGUUACCCAAUUUGGACCAAAAUACACAGGACACCCAGGUUAGCCACCAUCAUAGCUGUACUGGUUUGGCUGCUGAGCCUAGUUACUAGUAUCCCUCACCUGGUGUUUAACCAUGGGUUUGAUGAUGUCACUGAGUGUUUUCCUAAAUAUUUACAAAUUUCAGGAAAGAGAAGAAGGGCAAUGUUUAUCACAAAGAAUAUCUGCAUGUUUGCAUUUCCAUUUGCCAUCAUCCUCAUAUCAUAUGUCCUGAUUUUUUUCAAGAUAAGAGCUAUCAGAAAAUCAAGUAGGUCUAACAGACCAUUCCGAGUUAUCACCGCAGUCAUAGUAUGCUUCUUCAUCUGCUGGUUUCCAUAUAACACCUGGCCAUUAAUAACGAUUGAUGUAAAUUACUGGAGAGCUGAUGUUGUCAUUACAGAAGUUUCCGUCUGCUUGGCUUACUUCAGCAGCUGCAUAAACCCCUUGCUCUAUGUCUUCUUUUCCCAUGAUUUCAAGAAAAGCUUUGUAAAGUCCAUUCCAGCUGUGUUGGAAAAUGCUUUUAAGGAGCCGUCUGAUCUUAACAGUUUGGACAACGCUGUCACCAGCACAUUUCCAACUUUACAUUUGGAAUCUUCAUUAUAA